UGAGUGCGUGACGCUUGUCCGUAUGCUCUGUUCACACGUGGCAGCCUCCGAAACAUCUCGUUUCUGUCACCUCUCCUGCCGCUGCGGUUUUCACAGCCAGCAUGAAGCGACCGAAGUUAAAGAAAGCCAGCAAACGCAUGACCUGCCAUAAACGGUAUAAAAUUAAAAAAAAGAUUCGAGAGCACCAUCGAAAAUUAAGGAAGGAGGCUAAAAAACGUGGUCACAAGAAACCUAGGAAAGACCCAGGAGUUCCAAACAGUGCUCCCUUUAAAGAGGCUGUUCUUCGGGAAGCUGAGUUAAAGAAACAGCAGCUUGAAGAACUAAAGCAGCAGCAGAAGCUCGAUAGGCAAAUGGAACAGGAAAAGAAAAGAAAGCGUGAAACUAACCCUGGUGAUGAGCCAUCCAAUGCACCUGUGGAGGAAAUUGAACAGAGCAAAACUAAGAAAGCCAAGUUGGGCAAACAGAACCCAAAGAAGAUACACUGUCAGGAACUUAAAAAGGUGAUUGAAGCCUCAGAUGUUCUGUUGGAGGUAUUGGAUGCCAGAGAUCCUCUUGGAUGCAGGUGUCCUCAGGUAGAAGAGGCUAUUGUCCAGAGUGAACAUAAGAAACUAGUACUUGUAUUAAAUAAAUCAGAUCUGGUACCAAAGGAGAACUUGGAGAGCUGGCUAAAUUACUUGAAGAAAGAAUUUCCAACAGUGGUAUUCAAAGCUUCAGCAGUUCUGAAGAACAAAAUGAAGGUAACCAAGGUACAGAAAAAAGCUGUUCCAUUCAAAAGUAAGGUCUGCUUUGGCAGAGAAGGCCUUUGGAAACUUCUUGAAGGUUUUCAGGAGACAUGUGGCAGAGCUAUUCAGGUUGGAGUGAUUGGUUUCCCAAAUGUGGGGAAAAGCAGCAUCAUUAAUAGCUUGAAACAAGAAUGGAUAUGUAAUGUUGGUGUUUCCAUGGGGCUUACAAGGAGCAUGCAGGUUGUCCCCUUGGACAAACAGAUCACAAUCAUAGACAGUCCAAGCUUCAUUGUCUCACCACUUAACUCCUCCACUGCACUUGCUCUGCGGAGUCCAACAAGCAUAGAAACACUAAAACCAAUGGAGUCUGCUAGUGCCAUCCUGGACCAGGCUGAUGCUCAACAGGUAGUACUAAAAUACACUGUCCCAAACUACAAGAAUUCUCUGGAAUUUUUUACAAAGCUUGCUCAGAGAAGAGGUAUGCACCAAAAAGGUGGUAGCCCAAAUGUUGAAGGUGCUGCCAAACUGAUAUGGUCAGAAUGGACAGGUGCCUCAUUAAAUUAUUAUUGCCAUCCUCCUACAUCCUGGACAACUCCUCCACAUUUUAAUGAGAGUGUUGUGGCAAACAUGAAAAGGGGCUUUGAUCUGGAAGAACUGGAAAAAAACAAUGCUCACAGCAUGCAGGCCAUCAGGAGCCCUCAUUUAGCCAGGAGCAUCCUUUUCCAGUCUUCAGGUCUGACAAAUGGAAUAAUAGAGGAAAAGGACAUACCUGAAGAAUUGACAAGACAGAGAGAGAGCAAACAGGAGGUGGGGGACGAUAACAGUAACAUGGUCGGUGACCAGGAAAGUGUUGAUGGUGAAGUUGAUGAAAAAGUCUCAGACAUCUCCCCUGUAGGAGACACCACGAAGGCUCUGCCUGAGGAAUCCACAGCAGGUGAACCAUCUGCAGGAUCUUUUAUUUUGGAUGAACUGGCUAAAGAGGAUGAUAUUUAUGACUUCAGCACAGAUUACAUGUAACAGAAUUAUGUAGUCCAGGCUUUUCUCAAAUUUGUGAUAGUCCCACCUUCAUCACCUGAGUGAUGCAGACAAGUGCUAGCUAGAACCACGUGUACCAAAAUGUUAUUAUAUGUGUUUUUGUGCUGGUUUUGGUAUGACAUGAGCUGUAAAUUUUGUGAAUAUGGAUCAUGAAUGUAUAAACAAUUUAGAAAGUCUACAUUCUAUAAAAAGACAUAAUAAAGUCUACUGAAAAAUGUUGGUUUAUUUACACAUCAAGCCACAGGUUACAAAAUAAAAAUCAGUUUUGAACUAGCUGUACCAGCCUUAUACCAUUCUUCUGAUGAAUCAGGACUAUAGUAAGAAACACUUGGUAAGGCAGAUGGAGACAUUUAUAGUCUGUCUUAUAAGGUGACUGUCAGACAGGGCAGUCUGUCAUCCUUACCCAGCUGAAACAUCCCUUUUUCUGUUGGUUGCUAUAGAUAGUCCUUGAAGGCUAGCAACUGUUACUUCACUUCCCACGCGUAUAGUGUCUUCCAGGAU